UGGCUGGGUAGAAAUGUCACCAGUGUCUAUCACAUCUCUAGUUUAUCUCUCUGGUUUCACUGCAAGGCUUUUCUCAGGCAGAAUGACCGGGGUGGGGGAGGUAGGCAGGAUGUGCAGGCUCCAGCAUACAGCUGGAGGGAAUGAACAGGGACCAUUGUGUGUCUGCUGGAUCCACAAAAGAUGGACAUUUCCACUCUGCAAUGGUGUGGGAUGGUGUUGAACCUGGGACUCCUUGUCCACUGCAAAUGCUUCCUGGUUGUGAGCCUGUCCUGGAGCUGGGCAAGGCUGGGUUGUCUUCUCUGCCACCUCUUGCAACCUCUCACACCAGGACAGAAAGUUUCCAUCUCUUCUUAGGAAACUGCCCGUUCCCAUGAGGAAUGAGAAUCAGGCUGGGGCACAGGCUCGUUAGUGACCCCCCAGCUGCAUUGCCCUGUCACAGUUACUUUCACCAGGCUGCCCAUGUAUCUUCUCGGUUGCUCACCCUGCUUGCCUACACAGAUGUGAGCUCUCCAGCAGCUCCUGCUCCUUAGAGCUGUGGAAGGGUCUGGAGCGCAAGUGGCUGAAGGGUCUGGAGGAAUGGCUGAGAGAGCUGAGGGUGCUCAGCCCAGAGAAAAGGAGGCUCAGAGGUGACCUUGCUCUCUCCAACUCCCUGACAGGAGGGUGGAUGGAGCCAGGUGGUAGUCAGGCUCUGCUUCCAAAUAACAACUGGCCGGGUGAGAGGAAAUGGCCUCAAGUUGCACCAAGGGAUGUUUAGGUUGGAUAUUAGGGAAAAUUUCUUCAUGGAAAGGGUUGUCCAGCCCUUUCACAGGCUGCCCAGGGCAGUGGAUUAGUCUCCAACCCUGGAAGUGUUAAAAAAAUGUGUAGAUGUUGGACAUGGGGACAUGGUUUAGUGGGAUGCCUGGCAGUGCAGGGUUAAUUGGUUGCACUUACUGGUCUUAGAGGGCUUUUCUAAACUUAAUGAUUCUGUUAUUUUAAACUUGCCCGCAGUGCCAUCCCCUUUCCCUGCCAUUCACCUCUGGCUCAACCAACCCCUCACACACCAUCCCCCACUGCCUGAGCCUGGAUGGAGUCUGGGACACUGAGCAGCGUGGAGAUCCACAGGGGCAGACUGUUAGCAGGGGAGCUCACAGGGAUGGGUAAAUGCUCCGUGAGCCUGGAGGCCUUGAAGCAGCAUUACAGGUGGAGAGCAUCAUUCUUUCAUGGGACAUCCUCCUCUGUCAGGGGGCUCUGAGCAGUAAUUAUGCUGAUAUAGCCUGGCUGGGAGAGGGUGCAGUUGCUUAGGUUACCACUGGGUCCCCGUCACAGUGAUGGGUACAAUCUGCUGCUGUGGAGGGGAGAUGCUUUUGACUUGUGACUCCUUUGCAACUCUGUCCUGUGAUUCCCACGUAGGCUUGAUGUUCCAAGGUGGCAAUUCUCCUUCCCCACAUCCCCCUCCCAUCUCAGUGGCCCUGUUCCUGGGGAGCCAGUGGUCAGGUGGCCCCGCAUAUUAGCCUGACCUGUCAUCCCCUUGAUUCCCUCCCGGCUAAUCCUGGCUGAGCCGGGCUGGAGCGAGCAGGGCUCGGCUGUCAGCCAUGGCUGCGCAUACCCCGCUGCCCCCCAACCUGCGCCGGGGCUUGGUGGCAUUCAGUGGCUCCCUCUUCAUAACCAACAAGACCCAGGAUAGCGGCACUGCCCACCUCUACCAGCCAGCCCACGAGGUGCUGGCCAGCCUGCCCCUCCAGGUGAUGCUCUACUUCAACGUCUACUACUUCCCUGUCUGGUGCCUGGCUGAGGGGAUGAUGCUGCAGCUGAAGUACCACCUCCUGCCUUGGCACUACCAGUUCCUGCUGGUCACAGCCUUCCUCAUUCUCUCACUGUCUGAGGGCUCCCGGCUCUACCUGGGCUACCUGGGCAAUCUUCAGGAGAAGGUGCCUGAGCUGGCUGGGUUCCUGCUACUCUCCUUCCUGAUCCAGCUGCCCCUCCUGCUCUUCCUGCUGACAGACAGCCAGGUCAUUCACCUGCCACUGGAGAUGCCCAUGCACAGCCUGUUCCUGGCCUUCCUCCUUGCCGAGAUCGUGGCUGCCUUCCUGGCGCUGAAGACCAUGACCAAGCAGCUGGCGGCACAGUUCUACCUGCAGCAUUUCCAGGAGGGCAGGAGGGGCCGGCCAGGGGGCACAGGGGGACAGGCAGCUGAGGUGCAGUGA